AAAAUGAAGACAAAUCAAAAUUGGAAUCAGUCGAGUGGGCUCAUCGAUCAGCAACGGUAGUAAAGAGAGUGUUAUCGAGUGUUAUCCAGCCGUUGCCUACCAAGUCAACUUUCACUUACCAUCAUGGCUAACUAUGGCAUCAUGCUGCUGUUGGCUGUUGUUUCUUUGAUGGCUGGAGGGGCCAUGAGUGGACCGAUGGGCUCGUCUUCAUCUGGGUACUACACGACUCCGGCGUCCUACUACACCACUAUGGCUCUUGAUUACUACACAACGAAGAAGGCCGAGUAUUAUACGACGACAUAUGCUUCCCCUAGCUACUACACCGAGCCCCCCAAGUACUACACGACCAAAGCACCGGAAUACUACACCACUACGUAUGCUGCUCCGACGUACUACACCAAAGCCCCCAAGUUCUACUCGGCCCCAAGUUACCACACAGAGGCCCCGGUUUAUUACACUUCAACAUACGCUACCCCGAGCUACUACACCGAGGCUCCCAAAUACUACACAACGACUUACGCUACACCAGGCUACUACACUGAAGCUCCUAAAUAUUAUGCUGCCCCCAGCUACACCACCACUACCGUUGCCUACUACACCACAACAGAAGCAGCCAAAUAUUACGUAGCUCCGACUUACUACACUGAAGCUGGUCCGUCUUACUAUACUGAGGCUCCACAAUAUUACACCACAAAGGAUGCUGAAUACUACACAACUAAAGCCCCGGAGUACUAUACCAUGAAAGCUGAAUACUACACCACCGCUUACGCUGCUCCAGUUUACUACACUGAGACUCCUAAAUAUUAUUCGGCUCCAAGCUAUUACCAGACCGAGGCUCCACAAUAUGCAACAACGUACAGUGCUGCACCAAGCUACUAUACAGAAACCCCCAAGUACUACACCACCACCUACGCGGCCCCGGCUUACUACACCGAGGCUCCCCAAUACUACACCACAAAGGCCGCUGAAUACUACUCGACUGCAGCGCCGGAGUAUUACACCAAGAAACCGGAAUAUUACACCACAACAUACGCUACUGCAGCUUACUACACUGAGGCUACCAAGUAUUACCAGGCUGAAGCCGCACAAUACUACACUACAAAGGCUUCCGAAUAUACCACAACGUAUAAACCACCAAGCUACUACAGUGAAGCUCCAAAAUACUACACAACAACCUAUGCCACUCCCAGCUACUACACCGAGGCACCGAAGUACUACUCAGCUCCAAUUUACUAUCAGACUGAAACCCAAAAAUACUACACCACAAAAGCACCAGAGUACUACACUACCACCUUUGCCGCUCCAAGUUACUACACCGAAGCUCCUGCUUACUACACAACAACCUAUGCAACCCCAUCCUACUACACUGAAGCUCCCAAGUACUAUUAGUUGCGAGUAUUUGCUUAGUACAUCAAGCUCGAUGAUGGGAUCUUCUAAUUUUGUUAAUCAUUUGCAGUUGUCGUUCCAAAAUAAGUAAUUCCCUGCCAUAUAAUUUAUGCAUUCACUAUAGUCGAUCCAUGCGAAUGUGGUUUCUAAAUUCAAUGUUGAAUACAGAUAUUAUAUCGUUAUCAAA